AUGGCUGACGUCGCUCCGCAGUUCGGAGCAGAACUAAAGGACUCUUUCAAGCCAGUCAACAAUUGGGUCUCGAACGGUAUAUCAUGGGUCGACGAAGUACAUCAAUUCUAUCGCGAGCGCAGUGUUAUCGAAAAGGAGUACGCUGCCAAGUUGACCGCCCUGUGCAAGAAGUACUAUGAUCGCAAGGCGAAGAAGAUCAGCCCCUUGAGUGUGGGAGAUACGCCUACUCUGACACCGGGAUCCCUCGAGAGUGCGUCGCUGACGACGUGGACAACACAACUGAACGCCGUGGAAUCCCACGCUGCGGAGCGGGACAAGUUCGGAUCCGAGUUGAUUACCCAAGUAGCGGAUCCUCUCAAACAAGCUGCUGCCCAAUAUGAAGAGAUUCGCAAAUCUCAUUUUGAUUACCAUGGCAAACUGGAGAAAGAGCGCGAGGCUGCCUACGGUGACUUGAAAAAAGCAAAGGGCAAGUACGACGGUGCGUGCCAGGAAGUGGAAUCACGCAGAAAGAAGAUGGAGUCGUCCUUCGAUCAUGGCAAGAGCAAGGCAACGGCGGCAUAUCAGCAGCAAAUCCUGGAGAUGAAUAACUACAAGAACCUCUAUCUUAUCAGCAUUAAUGUGACAAACAAGCUCAAGGAGAAGUUCUAUCAUGAAUAUGUCCCUGAAGUGAUCGACGGCCUUCAAACUCUCAAUGAAACUCGAGUCGCAAGGAUGAACAUCAUGUGGACUCUCGCCGCUCAAUUGGAAAAGUCUUCCCUUCAAAGCAGCACAGAUCAUAUCUCGAACCUGCUGGUCGAAAUUCCCCGCAACAACCCACGGCUGGAUUCACUGAUGUUCCUCCAACACAAUGUCACCCAGUCACAAGAGCCUCCCAACCUUGGCUUUGAGCCCAGUCCAGUAUGGCACGACGAUGCUUCAAUCAUCACCGAUGAGGCUGCUAAGGUGUUCCUUCGAAAUGUAUUGGGCAAGAGCAAAUUACAAGUCCGUGAACUACGCGUCGAAGCAGACCGGAAGAAGCGCGAGGUCGAAAGUGGCAAAAAGGUUCGGGAGAGCAUUCUCAGUGGAAAAGACAACCGGAAUGAGGUGGACGUCGUGCGAUCUAUAUUCUACAUGACAGAAUCCUUACACGAGGUGGAUCGCAAAUGGGUUACCGCUGAGGUUGAGACGGCAACUAUCAUGGCCGUGGCCGGUGACCUGUCGUUCGGUGCCCAGAACCACAACUUCCGUUCCCAGACAUUCAAAAUUCCCACCAAUUGCGACCUUUGCGGAGAGCGGAUCUGGGGACUGUCCGCCAAGGGCUUCGACUGCCGGGACUGUGGAUACACCUGUCACAGCAAGUGCCAAAUGAAGGUCCCCGCAGAGUGUCCAGGCGAACAGACCAAGGAAGACAAGAAGAAACUGAAGGCCUCGCGGCAAGAACAAGCUGGCGCCAUGCCCGCUGUUGAUCUUGACUCCCCCGUAACCUCCACCGCUGCACCUUCGCUCACCCGCCAAAACACAAUGAACUCACUUAGUUCCGGAUACGCAGCGAGCACAGCCCGGUCCGUAUCUAACAUUGCUACCCAACCCACACCAGAGUUAACAGGGGAUGAGCCUCCGACCCCGGUGGCGGAGACCAAACCGGCAGCAGCGAAGAGAGCGCACAGGGUGCUAGCUCCCCCUCCGUCAGCCUAUGUGGCUGCGCCUCCGCCAAGCGAAUCGAGGCCUAAAGAGCCCCGAGGCAAGAUGCUCUACGCAUACCAAGCCACCAGCUCAGAUGAGGUCACCGUGGAAGAUGGGGAUGACGUGACGAUCUUGGAACCAGAUGAUGGUGGAUGGAUGCGUAUCCGCGCAGGAGGCAGCGAAGGCCUCGUCCCGACCGCGUACGUCGAGGCUAUCGCAACACCAUCACCCGCGCCCUCUGCUAGUCCCGCCAUGCCCGAGCGGCCCGGUUCAACAUACUCCAACUCCUCUGCCUCUCUUGCUGGCAGUGCUGCAACGAAGCGUGUAGGACCAGCGGUUGCACCCAGGAGGGGAGCGAAGAAGGUGCAGUAUGUGGAGGCCCUGUACGAUUAUGAGGCUCGCAGUGACGUGGAAUGGAACAUGGCGGAGGGUGAUCGGUUUGUCCUGAUCACACGGGAUGGUGGUGAUGGCUGGGCCGAUGUCGAACGCGGAGGCGUGACCAAGAGCGUCCCGGCAAACUACAUCCAGGAGGUGUAG